AUGAGCUCCCGAGAGAGGAAAAAGGGACGCAGAGAUGACCUGGAGAACAUGGCUAAGGUGGAACCGUCUAAUGGGCACAGCAGGCCACUGGACAUUGUGCCCAGCACAGAGGAGAAGAUGACAGAGAGGGGUCAAUGGGGCAACAAGGUGGAGUUUGUUCUGUCAGUGGCAGGAGAAAUUAUUGGCCUGGGGAAUGUGUGGCGUUUCCCCUACCUUUGUUAUAAGAACGGAGGAGGUGCUUUCUUCAUCCCAUACCUCAUCUUCCUGUUUGCCUGUGGAAUCCCUGUCUUCUUCCUUGAGACGGCUCUGGGGCAGUACACCAGUGAAGGGGGCAUCACCUGCUGGAGGAAAAUCUGCCCAUUGUUUGAAGGUGUAGGUUAUGCUACCCAGGUGAUUGUUGCUCUGCUUAACAUUUACUACAUCGUUGUGCUGGCCUGGGCCAUCUUCUACCUGUCAAACUCCUUCACCUGGGAUCUGCCCUGGGCCUCCUGCAACAACUCAUGGAACACAGAUUCCUGUAUGGCAUUUCAGAGGGGGAAUAGCUCCAUCAAUCACCAUGAGAACACCACCUCUCCCGUCAUUGAGUUCUGGGAGCGAAGAGUGCUGAGAAUAUCCUCAGGUAUUCAUCACAUUGGCUCUUUGAAUGGGGAUCUGGUUAUCUGUCUGGCCGUUGCGUGGGUCGUCUGCUACUUCUGCAUCUGGAAGGGGGUCAAGUCUACUGGCAAGGUUGUUUACUUCACAGCCACUUUCCCUUACGCAAUGCUACUGGUCCUGCUCAUCAGAGGGGUCACCCUGCCUGGAGCGAUGAGGGGAAUCCACUUCUACCUCUACCCCGACCUGGGUCGGCUGUGGGACCCACAGGUGUGGAUGGAUGCUGGGACUCAGAUCUUCUUCUCCUAUGCCAUCUGUCUGGGUUGCCUCACCGCUUUGGGAAGCUACAACAAAUAUAACAACAACUGCUAUAAGGAUUGUUUGUCCCUCUGUUUCCUGAACAGUGGAACAAGCUUUGUUGCAGGUUUUGCCAUCUUCUCCAUCCUGGGCUUUAUGUCCUAUGAGCAGAAUGUUCCAAUCUCAGAAGUGGCUGAAUCUGGUCCAGGUUUGGCCUUUAUUGCCUACCCUCGUGCUGUGUCCAUGAUGCCUUUCUCUCCUCUGUGGGCUUGCUGCUUCUUCAUCAUGAUUUGCUUUCUGGGUUUAGACAGUCAGUUUGUUUGUGUGGAGAGCCUUGUGACAGCCAUGGUGGACAUGUAUCCCUCCACCUUCAGACGUAAGAACCGCAGGGAGCUCUUUAUCCUGGGGUUGGCUUUGCUGUCCUUCCUCAUGGGGCUCAUCAUGCUGACAGAGGGAGGCAUGUACAUCUUUCAGCUCUUUGACUACUAUGCAGCCAGUGGGAUGUGCCUGCUCUUUGUGGCAGUUUUUGAAACCGUGUGCAUUGCUUGGGUUUAUGGUGCUGAUCGUUUCUAUGACAACAUAGAGGACAUGAUUGGCUAUCGCCCCAGCCCCGUCAUCAAAUACUGCUGGCUCUUCUUCACUCCUGCAACUUGCUUAGGAACCUUUGCUUUUGCCUUGAUCAAGUACUCACCUCUGAAGUACAACAAUGAGUAUGUGUACCCAUGGUGGGGCAAUGGGAUAGGCUGGAUCCUGGCCCUGUCCUCCAUGAUGUGCAUCCCUCUCUGGAUAGCAGUGAAACUGCACUACACACCUGGAACUCUGAGAGAGCGCCUUGUUCUGUUGACAACUCCCUCCCUCGAGUUACCGAAGACCAAGCAGGACCAGGAGAAGCUGCUGGCCGUGUACUCAGCCGACGGCGACAGCCUCCAUCAGAGAGCAACUCCUAACAAAGACGGCUACUUCCCGGUUGACGAAAAGGAGUCUCACUGUUAGAGAAUUUAGGGUUGGAUUGUGAGCCUGUCAAGGGGUCAAAGGUCACUCCUUAACUUUGACACCCUUUCUGGCUCCAUCCUAACUACAGCAAUACCUCACCAGACAUGUUGGCAUAACAGAAGCAGCACAGACUCGAAGAGUCAUGUGACCUAUACCUGCUGACCUGCUGCUGGAGAGUUCUCACUGCCUACAAUAUACAGUAUGAUGGCAUCAGUAUUCCUUCUUAUGGUCUAAGAUCCUUUUUGGAGAGUUUGCUGGUGGCAGAAUCACUUUUACAUUUGAAAAAAAGGUCCAUUGUUGUCACACAGUGGCUAAGAAUUUACAUUUGAUCGUUUCUGCUUUCUAAGGAAGCAUUUUUUUGUGUUAUGGACAUCUCUAAUGUUCAGUUAGUCUGACAUGACGUUGAGUAAUUGAUUCUAACAUUUACAAAAGGAGCACGAGAGAUAUCACAAAAGUGUACAGAUCACUAAAGUUCACUUGAAAAUAGCUAUGGGUGUUUGAGUGCUUCUGAAAUGUACAUAGAGUUACUGUUUUUACUGUGCGGGGAGAGUCAUCAUCUCAGGAGGUACAAUUUGUAAUAAAAAGUAAUCUGUAAAAACAUUAGCGAACAGUUCUCGGGAAUUCAAGAAUUAGACUUUGGAUUUCUGUGUAGCUGAACUGACCUCAACUCACACAGCUUAAGAUUAAUGUUUUGAUGUUUUUUAUUCACCAUGUUGUUUUUGUGUUGCUGAACAUUGCAGAGUGGAAUGAAUGUGUCACAUGAUUUCAAUGCAUCCCACUUUCCCCUCAUCUCUUUGCCUUACGUACUGCAUCAUAUGAAAUGACAUGUGAAGUGCCUGAAGGAAACGAUUGUGUUAC